UUUACUUCGCCGCAAAGCUGCGUGUGACCUUGCGACGCGUGUUGCGCUCCGGUCGCAUAAGCGUCAGCGGCUGCCGCUGCGGCUGCGUGGCGGGUUGUCCAGGUAACCACGAGAGUUGUCGCUGUCUGGGAGCAUCUGAGAGACAGGUGUGCGUCAUGCAGUUGAAGCACCUGAGGACCCUGCUGAGCCCUCAGGAUGGAGCUGCAAAGGUGACCUGCAUGGCUUGGUCCCAGAACAAUGCCAAAUUUGCUGUCUGCACAGUGGACCGAGUGGUCUUGCUGUAUGAUGAACAUGGAGAACGGAGAGAUAAAUUCUCCACCAAACCAGCUGACAUGAAGUAUGGCAGGAAGAGCUAUAUGGUGAAGGGCAUGGCUUUUUCUCCUGAUUCCACUAAAAUUGCCAUAGGACAGACUGACAACAUCAUCUAUGUCUACAAGAUUGGAGAAGAUUGGGGUGACAAGAAAGUCAUCUGCAACAAGUUCAUCCAGACGAGUGCUGUCACUUGUCUGCAAUGGCCUGCAGAGUACAUCAUUGUCUUUGGACUGGCUGAAGGGAAGGUUCGUUUAGCAAACACCAAAACUAAUAAAUCAUCUACCAUCUAUGGGACAGAGUCUUACGUGGUGUCCCUGACAACAAAUUGCUCUGGGAAAGGAAUUCUCUCUGGUCAUGCAGAUGGUACCAUCGUUAGGUAUUUCUUUGAUGAUGAAGGCUCUGGAGAGUCACAGGGGAAGUUGGUUAACCACCCGUGUCCACCCUAUGCCUUGGCAUGGGCAACCAAUAGCAUCGUGGCUGCAGGCUGUGAUCGGAAAAUUGUAGCCUAUGGAAAAGAAGGCCACGUGCUACAAACUUUUGAUUAUAGCCGUGACCCUCAGGAGCGGGAGUUCACCACAGCUGUAGCAAGUCCUGGGGGCCAGUCUGUUGUGCUAGGAAGUUAUGACAGCCCAUUUGCACUCUUUAGCUCAGCCUCAAUCUCUUCUAAAAGCCACAUACUUUAUUUCAGGCUUCGGGUGUUCAACUGGAUCCCUCAAAGAAGCAUCUGGGAAGAGGCAAAGCCCAAGGAGAUUACCAAUUUAUACACCAUCACUGCCUUGGCCUGGAAGCGGGAUGGCUCACGGCUGUGUGUGGGCACACUAUGUGGUGGGGUGGAACAGUUUGACUGCUGCCUCCGAAGGAGUAUUUACAAGAACAAGUUUGAGUUGACGUAUGUGGGACCUAGCCAGGUGAUUGUGAAGAACCUGUCAUCAGGAACCCGAGUGGUGCUCAAGUCACACUAUGGCUAUGAGGUGGAAGAGGUGAAAAUCCUAGGAAAGGAACGUUACUUGGUGGCCCACACAUCAGAAACACUGCUGCUGGGGGACCUGAACACUAAUCGGCUUAGUGAGAUAGCCUGGCAAGGAUCUGGUGGCAAUGAGAAGUAUUUCUUUGAAAGUGAGAAUGUAUGCAUGAUCUUCAAUGCUGGAGAGCUAACCCUGGUGGAAUAUGGGAAUAAUGACACCCUGGGUUCUGUACGCACUGAAUUCAUGAAUCCCCACCUCAUCAGUGUUCGUAUUAAUGAGAGGUGUCAGCGAGGAACAGAAGAUAAUAAGAAAUUGGCUUAUCUUAUUGAUAUUAAGACUAUUGCUAUAGUGGAUCUGAUUGGUGGCUACAACAUAGGCACCGUCAGCCAUGAGAGCCGUGUGGAUUGGCUGGAACUUAAUGAGACUGGACACAAGCUCCUCUUCAGGGACCGGAAACUUCGUUUGCAUCUGUAUGAUAUUGAAAGCUGCUCUAAGACAAUGAUCCUCAACUUCUGCUCCUACGUGCAGUGGGUCCCAGGAAGUGAUGUGCUGGUAGCUCAGAACCGAAACAGUCUGUGUGUGUGGUACAACAUUGAGGCACCUGAGAGAGUCACCAUGUUCACUCUUAGGGGUGAUGUUAUAGGUCUGGAGCGGGGUGGGGGAAAGACCGAGGUGAUGGUGAUGGAAGGCGUGACUACUGUUGCCUACACAUUGGAUGAGGGCCUCAUCGAGUUUGGAACAGCCAUUGAUGAUGGCAACUACAUCCGGGCAACAGCCUUCUUAGAGACUCUGGAAAUGACCCCAGAAACAGAGGCAAUGUGGAAAACCUUGAGUAAACUGGCGCUAGAGGCAAGGCAACUACACAUUGCGGAGAGGUGCUUUUCUGCUUUGGGCCAAGUAGCAAAAGCUCGAUUCCUGCAUGAGACCAAUGAGAUUGCAGAUCAAGUAUCCCGGGAAUAUGGCGGAGAAGGAACAGACUUUUAUCAGGUCCGAGCACGUCUAGCCAUGCUGGAAAAGAACUACAAAUUGGCUGAAAUGAUCUUUUUGGAACAGAACGCUGUGGAGGAGGCCAUGGGCAUGUACCAGGAGCUACACCGUUGGGAUGAGUGUAUCGCUGUGGCUGAAGCCAAGGGGCACCCAGCCCUGGAGAACCUACGUCGUAGUUAUUACCAGUGGCUGAUGGACACACAGCAAGAGGAGCGAGCAGGUGAACUACAGGAGAGCCAAGGGGAUGGGCUAACAGCCAUCAGCCUCUACCUCAAAGCUGGGCUCCCUGCCAAAGCUGCUCGGCUGGUGCUGACCCGAGAGGAACUUCUAGCCAACACAGAGCUGGUAGAACACAUCACUGCAGCCCUUAUCAAGGGGGAACUCUACGAAAGGGCAGGUGAUCUCUUUGAGAAGAUUCACAAUCCACAGAAAGCCCUGGAGUGCUACCGUAAAGGCAACGCAUUCAUGAAAGCGGUAGAGCUGGCUCGACUGGCCUUCCCAGUGGAGGUGGUGAAACUAGAGGAGGCAUGGGGGGACCACCUGGUGCAGCAGAAGCAGCUUGAUGCAGCCAUUAAUCACUACAUCGAAGCCAGGUGCUCCAUUAAGGCAAUUGAGGCUGCCCUGGGUGCCCGCCAGUGGAAGAAGGCAAUUUAUAUAUUGGAUCUACAGGACCGGAACACUGCAUCCAAAUACUAUCCUCUUGUGGCCCAACACUAUGCAUCCCUGCAGGAGUAUGAGAUUGCUGAAGAGCUCUAUACUAAGGGAGAUCAGACAAAAGAUGCCAUAGACAUGUACACCCAGGCUGGCCGUUGGGAACAAGCCCACAAGCUGGCAAUGAAAUGCAUGAGACCAGAAGAUGUGUCAGUGCUAUACAUCACUCAGGCCCAGGAAAUGGAGAAGCAGGGCAAGUACCGUGAGGCUGAAAGGCUAUAUGUGACAGUACAAGAGCCUGAUCUUGCCAUCACCAUGUACAAAAAGCACAAGUUGUAUGAUGACAUGAUCCGUCUGGUAGGGAAGCACCAUCCAGAUCUCCUCAGUGAUACACACCUACAUCUGGGCAAGGAGCUGGAGGCUGAAGGCCGACUACAGGAGGCUGAGUACCACUACCUCGAGGCCCAGGAAUGGAAGGCAACAGUGAACAUGUACCGGGCCAGUGGGCUUUGGGAAGAGGCCUACCGGGUGGCCAGAACUCAAGGAGGGGCUAAUGCCCACAAACACGUGGCCUAUCUGUGGGCAAAGAGCCUGGGAGGAGAGGCUGCAGUUAGACUGCUUAAUAAGCUGGGACUCCUGGAAGCUGCUGUUGACCACGCUGCAGACAACUGCUCCUUUGAAUUUGCGUUUGAACUCUCUCGGCUGGCCCUCAAGCACAAAACCCCCGAGGUUCAUCUCAAAUACGCUAUGUUCCUGGAGGAUGAGGGUAAAUUCGAAGAGGCUGAAGCUGAAUUCAUCAGAGCUGGUAAACCCAAGGAGGCAGUCCUCAUGUUUGUCCAUAACCAGGAUUGGGAGGCAGCUCAGCGUGUGGCUGAGGCUCACGACCCUGACAGUGUCGCCGAGGUGCUUGUGGGACAGGCCCGGGGGGCCUUGGAGGAGAAGGACUUUCAGAAAGCAGAAGGGCUGCUGCUCCGGGCCCAGAGACCAGGCCUGGCCCUCAGUUAUUAUAAGGAGGCUGGAUUAUGGAGUGACGCUCUGCGGAUCUGCAAGGACUAUGUGCCCAGUCAGCUGGAGGCUCUGCAGGAAGAAUAUGAGCGGGAAGCUACUAAGAAGGGGACCAGGGGUGUGGAGGGAUUUGUGGAACAAGCUCGACACUGGGAGCAGGCUGGAGAGUACAGCCGUGCCGUGGACUGCUACCUCAAAGUGCGAGACUCUGGAAACAGCGACCUGGCGGAGAAGUGCUGGAUGAAGGCAGCCGAACUCUCCAUCAAGUUUCUGCCUCCCCAACGUAAUAUGGAAGUCGUUCUGGCUGUAGGACCCCAGCUGAUUGGAAUUGGAAAGCACAGUGCAGCUGCAGAGCUCUAUCUGAAUCUGGACCUUGUCAAGGAAGCAAUCGAUGCUUUCAUCGAGGGUGAGGAGUGGAACAAGGCGAAGCGUGUAGCUAAGGAGUUAGAUCCCAGGUAUGAAGACUAUGUGGACCAGCAUUAUAAAGAGUUCCUCAAGAACCAGGGCAAAGUGGACUCGCUGGUGGGUGUGGAUGUGAUAGCUGCUUUGGACCUGUAUGUGGAGCAGGGCCAGUGGGACAAGUGCAUUGAAACAGCUACCAAGCAGAACUACAAGAUUCUGCACAAGUACGUGGCUUUGUAUGCAACUCACUUGAUCCGGGAGGGUAGCUCUGCCCAAGCAUUGGCCCUGUAUGUACAGCAUGGAGCCCCUGCUAACCCACAGAACUUCAAUAUCUACAAAAGGAUCUUCACUGACAUGGUGAGCUCUCCUGGAACCAACUGUGCCGAGGCCUAUCAUAGCUGGGCUGAUCUUCGAGAUGUCCUCUUCAACCUGUGUGAAAACCUGGUGAAGUCCAGUGAGGCAAACUCUCCAGCCCAUGAGGAGUUCAAGACGAUGUUGCUGAUUGCUCAUUACUAUGCCACACGCUCUGCAGCCCAGAGUGUCAAACAGCUGGAAACUGUGGCUGCCAGGCUUUCUGUUUCACUCUUGCGUCACACCCAGCUACUACCUGUAGACAAAGCCUUCUAUGAAGCAGGCAUUGCUGCCAAGGCAGUUGGCUGGGAUAACAUGGCAUUCAUCUUCCUCAAUCGCUUUUUGGAUCUGACCGAUGCAAUCGAGGAAGGGACUCUAGAUGGCCUUGACCACUCUGAUUUUCAGGAUACAGAUAUUCCCUUUGAGGUGCCACUCCCAGCUAAGCAGCAUGUACCGGAGGCUGAGAGAGAAGAGGUUCGAGACUGGGUGCUUACAGUCUCCAUGGACCAGCGGCUGGAGCAGGUUCUGCCUCGGGAUGAGCGUGGCGCCUAUGAGGCCUCCCUAGUGGCAGCGAGCACUGGGGUUCGAGCCCUGCCCUGCCUUAUUACAGGAUACCCCAUUCUGAGGAACAAAAUUGAAUUUAAGCGGCCAGGGAAGGCUGCUAACAAGGACAACUGGAAUAAAUUCCUUAUGGCCAUCAAGACCUCCCACAGCCCAGUGUGCCAGGACGUGCUGAAAUUCAUCAGUCAGUGGUGUGGAGGGCUCCCCAGCACCAGCUUUUCCUUUCAGUAGUCGGUAGAGCUGAGGAAGAGUUAGGGCCUCUCCCUCAUUAAAGUUUUAUAAAUAAUUGA